AUGAGCAGCAAAGACCCUCCAAGACCCAGCCUGCAGUCCCCGGGCAUCAAGGUCGAAUUCCAUGGCGCAGGCAGUGAGCACCAGCGUCAAGGCGCUGGACAGGAUGGUGGCGCCCGGCCUGCGCUGCCCCCUCAACCUAGAUCUGCACCUGCUGUCCAACAAUUCCAGAGCCCAAUGAGGCAGCACAAGAGAACCCCCAGCCAACAUAGAGAGGUCAAGGAAACCCUCAAUGCGCGCUCUGAAUACACCAAUGACGACACCGAUGGCUCCUCGCACCACAUCAUCAAUCAAUAUACUGUUCAGGAGGAGAUAGGCCGUGGCUCAUACGGCGCCGUCCACCUCGCCCUCGACCAGUUCGGGAACGAAUAUGCCGUCAAAGAGUUCUCAAAGACCCGCCUCCGCAAGCGGGCGCAGUCCAACAUCCUCCGCCGCGGGCCUCGUCGCCCAGGCGCGCGAAUGCCAUCAGGGCUUGGCCUUCGUUACGGGCCGGGUAUGGACCAGACAGUGUCGAACCAGCUGUCUGAUCAGAAGGCAGAAGAGGCCAAGGACGCCCUGUUCCUGAUCAGGGAGGAGAUCGCCAUCAUGAAGAAGUUGAACCACCCAAACCUUGUCUCGCUUAUCGAGGUUCUCGACGACCCGGAGGAGGACUCGCUCUAUAUGGUCCUCGAGAUGUGCAAGAAGGGCGUCAUCAUGAAGGUCGGCCUCGAGGAGUCGGCAAAGCCCUACAGCGAAGAGGAGUGCCGCUGCUGGUUCCGCGACCUGAUCCUGGGCAUCGAGUACCUACACGCCCAGGGCGUCGUGCACCGCGACAUCAAGCCCGACAACCUGCUGCUCACCGAGGACGACGUGCUCAAGAUUGUCGACUUUGGCGUGAGCGAGAUGUUCGAGAAGCCCGAGGAAAUGCGCACCGCCAAGUCAGCCGGGUCGCCAGCCUUCCUGCCGCCCGAGUUGUGCGUUGCCCGGCAUGGCGACGUCAGCGGUACGGCCGCGGAUAUUUGGAGCAUGGGCGUGUCGCUGUACUGUCUGCGCUACGGGCACAUACCGUUCAAUGAGUCUGGCGUGCUGGAGAUGUAUGAGGCCAUCAAAACGAACACGCCGCAGCUGCCUGAGGACGAGAAUCCACUCUUCAGAGAUCUCAUCAUGAGGCUGAUGGAGAAAGACCCCAUGAAGAGGAUCACUAUGCCCGAGAUAAGAGAACACCCUUGGGUCACAAAAGAAGGUGCAGAUCCUCUGCUGAGUACAGAAGAGAACUGCUCGGAGCCGGUAGAGCCUCCAAACGAGCUCGAAGUCAGCCACGCCUUCACCAGAAGGAUGAGCCACCUCUUAUGUGUGAUGAGAGCAAUAUCCAACUUCAAGGCCCUCCUCCACUCUCGCUCCCGCCUGAAUAGCCCCCGCCUCAAUCUUUCACCCUCAGACGCCGUCUCAGCUCUCGAGUCCCGUCAUCAAGCCCGUCUCCGCCACAGGCCCAAGCCCUCCAUGGACGAGCAGGAGCUUGCUGACCUCAAGCGCACUAACGAGGAGCUUGCCGCACAGCUGCUCGAAGAGCGCAGGCGCGUGCUCAAGAACCGUGGUAAACACCCGGCCGGCGUCCCGUAUUCCGGGGUACCUGUCGAGGCAAUUUCAGCUAAGGGAGGAUCUGAACCACCGCCAUCAGCAGCAGCAGCAGCAGCAGUCGAGGACGAUGGCAGCAGCGCCAGCAAGGAUGAGCACCAGCACCGUGAGCCGCCUCGCCACGUGACGGCCCCUCUCGUGCUGGGCAUCGGCCUUGGGGGCGAUGACCUGCCUGUCGCCUCCUACAGCGAGCCUGCGACCGUGGUGGCCGACAGCCCAACGGCGGUCGACUUCAAUGUAUAUAACCGCGCGUACACCGAGGAGUUGGAGCGCAUCAAGCGCAGCGGGGGCCGGCCCAGCGUGUACACGACCCGGCACCUUGGCGGUGAGAAGGAGAGGUUCAAGGGGGAGGAGGGGGUUGACGUGCUAGACGAGAGCAGUCGCCACCAUCCGAUGGUGAGGGAGAGGGAAGGAGACGGCGUGAGGGAUAGGGCGAAGGACUCGUCUAAGCCAGCUCGAUUCGCUGAUCUGGUGGCACAAACAAUCCAGAACACGCGAGAGAAGGUCUCCAAGGAUACAGGCGGCGGCGGUGAAGAAAAAGGGGAGUAAUGAUGACGGUGAUGAUGAUGUUGUUGUUGCGUUUCGUAUUAUGGAAACUGGUAACUAAUCUGGCAGUGAGGGGUUUUUUUCCUUUUCUUUUUUCCCUUGGAAACAAGUUCGGGUGGAGGUGGCUGCUUCGUUCUUGGGACAAUAAAGACGAAUGCAUACACGAAUAGACCCAAAAAGGAUCAAGGAGGCGUCGUUAGGGUAAGUUUCCCCCCGUCCUGUAUUUCCCUUAUUCUUGUCUUUCUCUUCGACCUGGUCAUAUUAUAGCAAACAAACAAGCAAUAUACAUAACAUUACCG